AACCAGGCCCGGUCCGGUUUCACGGCGUCGCACUACGGCUCCGUCGAAACCCGCGUCUACCAGCGCCGCGAAGGACUCCACGUUUUCACCGGCGCGAUCCACUUGGAGCGAUCCACUGAACUCUGACGUUCCUACCUUCGUCGCAGUCGUUAUUUCUGUCCUGAUCCGUGGACUAGUUGAUACAACGGGGACACAUUCGAUGCAUCGCCGUCGCGUUGAGAACGUCAGUGAUCUUUGUAUGGCGUUUAAAGAACGUCCAACCGGUCGAGGUUCUAAGAAUAUGUGAGAGUGCAUCGUAUUAGACUAGAACAGCGAGGACUUUGAAGGGCUACGUUUUGUGGGCGACGACAGACCGUCACGAUUGCGUUCCAGGAAUUCCAACUUAGGUUAUUUGUACCACAGAUGAGCAACAAACUUGUUCGAAGUAACUUAUGGUGUAAACAUCGCCAAAAAGCCUACGACGAAGAACAAAUCGAGGAUGAAAGUGAAAUGAAACAUAAACAUUGACUGAAACAGUCCGCGUAACUGUCCGUCGGAAUGAAACCGAGUGAGACUACGGUUUAGCCGGUGAUAGUACUCGUGAGAGGUCGAUAUAAACGUCAGAAGUGUGAAAUUGUGAAGAAAAAUUCUCCCAGCAAGAGGAUCAUCCUGAAUUGUUAGGUAUGAUCUUGUUAAUCAACCAUGUAUGUUAAAAAAAAAUCGUGAAACUGGACCAGAUAAUGACAAAUAUACAAAUAUGAAGAUGACACCAUCCAUCAAUGCUAGACGGAUCACUUCCGUAGGAUAGAUAAUUAAAAAUGAUGUCUAGAAUCAAAAGAGAGUUACGAUUAAUUUGAAGAAGUUUCGGGGAGAAGAGGGCAUCAUGAAAACACGGCCUACGAAAGUUCCAUUGUGAUCGGAUCAAGAAGACUAAGUUUGUCACUGUGCGAGGUGGGUGUUUCUUCGGGUAAAGAUGUCGAGUACUCUUCCGGAGGCACCAAUGGGUCUGGACUCAUCGGAUCCGGAUGUCAGGCCGAACCACCUGAUCUCGCGGUUGGAUCAGGACCCGGACGAUGCGGAGAAACGGGAUCAGACGCGGGGGAUGGAGUGCAACAACGCGGAGAGCGAUUGCGAGAGCGACACGAGCGAGGUGUUGAGCGUUGGCAGCGAACCGACGCCAACUAGCGUAGUCGGAGUGCGCGUGUGCGGCUCCAUGAGGUACGACCAGGAGUCCGCGAGUAGCCGGGGCGAGUUCCGAGACGAGGAGAACACGCGAACGUCGGCGACGCCAUCGCCGUCCAGCUCCACCAGCUGCAACGAUUUGUAUUAUCAGCGUACGUCCAGUAAUCACGUACCGGCACCGAGCCCGCCCGGUUACAGUCAACCACCGUCAUCUCCUACGGCGUCUUCCGUCAGAUCUCCGGCUUCCUCGUCGGCUACCGCCUCGUCCCCCGGUCGGCCAGAAGCUAUACAAGAGGCUAUCGUACCUAGAUACCAAUCCAGUCAUCAACAACACCUCCUUACCCGAUACUCCUCUAGGGAACCUGAUAUUUCCGACUAUCCGGCGCGAGUUCAGCACGGCCUGGGCCACGAAAUCGUUUAUCCCACCGUGGAAAGGUUACAUCGUACACCAAUAAGCGUUCCUCUGGUAACGAGACUCUCGUUGUCACCGCCGUCGGCCAUGACGGUCACCGGACUCCAAGCGACGACGCCCGUUCUGCAUCCCGCCGCUUGCCGAGACCUGCGGGAAACUACCUCGUUGAUACCGCAUCACAGUCAGCAUCUGCAUCACGCGAACGCCCACACGCAUCUGCAUCAGGGCUCGCAGGUGCAGCACGUACCGGCGAAUUCGGUGCACCAACAUCGGCUCUCGGUCAGCAAACUUCUGCAACGGGAUUCCGGGAGCCCGGCUUCGCCCGGCGCCAGGGAGGAGAACGGACGCACCCUGCCCGCCGCGAACGGCGUGCAAAACAGCAUUGGCACCAGUAACAACGGCAAUCAUCACAACAACAAUAACAAUAACAACAACAACAACCUGCAGCAUCAGGCGGGCCUAAAGUUCAGCAUAGAUAAUAUUCUGAAGGCGGACUUUGGUAGAAGGAUCACGGAUCCUAUCUCCCUGAAGAAGUCCCGGCCUAAGAAAGUGUCGUCGAGGCCGAUCGAUCUGACAAAGGAUUUUCUAGAGUCGUCCUCCGACGCUUCCGAGAGGAGCAGCUCAGAGACGACGACAACCAACGCCUCCCCCACCGGUGUUUCGGCUGGGAACCCAACGUCCAACUCGACUGGAACAACCGGGACCGAUCCUGGGAAGAUGUUGUGGCCAGCGUGGGUCUACUGCACCAGAUACUCGGACAGGCCUUCCUCGGGACGAAAACCAUCCCGUGUUCCAGGUCCACGCACGAGAAGAGUGAAGAGGACAGACGGACGCGGCGGCGGCACCCCCGAAGAGAAACGUCCCAGGACCGCGUUCAGUGGUGAACAGUUAGCGAGACUGAAGAGAGAAUUCGCGGAGAACCGAUACCUGACGGAAAGACGGAGGCAGCAGCUCUCGAGGGAUUUAGGUCUGAACGAGGCACAGAUCAAGAUCUGGUUCCAGAACAAGCGGGCGAAAAUCAAAAAGGCCAGCGGCCAAAAAAAUCCCCUGGCGCUUCAACUGAUGGCACAGGGGCUUUACAAUCACUCGACGGUACCGCUUACUAAAGAGGAAGAGGAACAGGCCGCGGAGCUUCAAGCGAAAUGACGAUUGCAAACUUAAAUGAACGCUCGGCAGAAUUUAGCUUGCAACUUUGAUCCUUGAAUUUCAUAUCUCUAACUCCAAAGAUUAUAAAAGCGAAGAUCGACUCAUCCUCUACUCGGUUUUUAUUCUUUGCGUCUGAAUUUUUUCAGAAAAAUUGUAAAGGAUAAAUAGAAUCUGGAAAUACCAGAUUACUUAGUGUGAAAAAAUUUUCCAAUACGAUUAGAAAACAUUCGAUAUUAGAAUUCCAUGAAAUAGCCUUUUUUGGAAUCAAUAAUUUUUCUUCUGUAAAAAAAAAUAAUGCGAAAAUACUCAUCGAAAAAUAUUUUUACUCUAUUUUUCUGACUUUGCAGUUUUUUGAAAUCAAAUUGUAAACCAACCAAAGUACGGUGUAAAUUUUUAUAUUAUAUAUUAUUUUAAAAAAAGAUAAAUAUAUAGUAUAUUACUUUGAAGAGAGUCACAUCAUCAGGCCAAAAAGCUAGUAAAGAAAGCUUGUAGACGGACCAGAGUCAACGGUCUGUCAUUUCUCUUCCUUAAAAUGAAAGACUGGAAUAUUUAUUUCGCUAGACGUAUUAGUACAACUCGUUAGACAGAGUCAACUCGAGAAAUUCUUGUCUUGUAAUUAGAGCUUCCGAUAGAACAACAGUUUGGCGAAUGUCGUUUGCCCUUGUUCGAAAUAAUCGUGAACGGGAAGUUAGUUUUACCGAGAUGGCUACGCGAAUAAGUUACGAUCGUUGUUCCUUGCCAUCGCUUUGAGAAGAGAUGAUAAACGCUACGGCACAGGUUCCUAGACCGCAGCACACGUACAGUUGAAUCAGAUUUUGUAGGGGGUAAGCAAUCAAUAAUAUAAGGCAUCUUAGAAAAUUAACAAAUUUCCUGAGAUGCUUUGUAUAAAGUAUUGCUGUGCAAAAAAAAAGAAAAAUAGCUAAUAAUAUUUCAUAUCGUUGGAAGAAGAGAAAUAAAUUUUCUUAACAAAAGGAUACUGAUAUUAUUGAAUAAUCUUCUCUCACAAAAUUGAUCGAGUUUGUCGAAGAAAUAAAAUAUAUUCGUUAUAUAUUAGCGUAUCGUGCGAUGGCAUGCAGCGGUUAGAUUGUUACGAAGGAGAUUAACAAGUGCCAUUUUUUGCAAUUUUUCCGGCAAGAUUGUUUAUGCGAAAACAGGACCGUCUGGUAACGAAGAAAAAUCGAAAUUGGACGAGUACAGGGAGUAAUCAGAUUUUUCGUUAAUUUAUUGUAAAAAUGUAAGAUAUUAAAUAUCGCGAAAAACUGGAGUGUGAUUGCGACGUGCAAUAGAAGAUUAUACAUAAUAAAAAGAGAAAUAAAUAGAGACGACCUAUGUAUAGGUGUGUUGUAUAUGUAAUUACGGAGUGACGUGUACAUAAUUUACCAUUUAGCGACGGCGUUGUCCCGAUAGACUGUUUAAAAUAUAACUUAGCUAUUUAUUUACGUAUGGUAUAUGAAGAGUAGCAAGCGCAUACGAACGAUCACGCGACAACUGAUACUUGUAAGAUUAUUUAAAUUCGAAUUAAAUAUUCCCAUUAUCAAGCCAA